AUGUAUAUGGCAAGACGGAAAAACGUUCCUAUAUAUCCAAAAUCUUUUGAUGAAGCCAUAGAUAAAAUUUGGGAAAUGCAAAACGAUGAUAUUUUUAAAUUUAAUAAUAAAAAAUUUAUCCACAUUCCGAUGAAUAAAUCGUUUAUUUGUAUCACGACUGAAGAUAAUUUGAAUUUUAUGAGUUCUUGCACAGAAUAUUUUUCAGAUGGCACAUUUCAAUUCGCACCUAAUUUUUUUAUGCAAAUGUAUACUGUCCAUUGUUUCAAAAAUGGCUUUUAUUUACCAGUUAUUUUUAUUUUUUUGAAAGAUAAAUUUAAGCAAACAUAUAUCGAAAUGUGGAAAUUUAUUAAAGAACUAUAUUUGCAACACACAUCUCAAACACUAAAUUUAUGCAAAUUACACAUCGACUUUGAAAUAGGAGCACACGAAGCUGUGAGGGAAGUUUUUCCGAAUGUACAACUUAUUGGAUGUCGUUUCCAUUUAAGUCAAUCUUGGUGGCGUUAUAUAAAUGCAAAUAAAAAAUUGAGGACAGCAUACUCGGAUGAUAAAAGUUUAUUAGGAAAAUGGUUAAAAAUGUUUUUUGGUCUACCAUUUCUGCCUUAUCAAAUAGUCGAAGACGGUUUUGUUGAAUUAGUAGAACCUUCAAUAAAUAAAAGAACAACAAAUGGUCCAGAGAGUUUCCACAGAACUUUUAACGCACAAUUCUAUAGCUCACAUCCACCAAUAUACUUUGUGCUUGAGGCAUUGAAAGAAAUGCAGGCUGAAACCAAUAUAAAAAUAUCCACUAUACAAAAAAAUAUAUCCAAAGCUAUUCCAUCUAAAGAUAUGCAAAAAAUGAACCAUGUUAUAAAACUAUACGACCAAUUUAAAAUAGAUGGUAAUAUAUUAAUUUUUUUAUCAGGGACUGGUUAUCGAUACCAAGGUUUUAAUUUAUAA